GCCCCGGGGGUGGGACCGGAAACAUGACCACGGAAACGCACCUGAAGGACAUCAAACCGGGGCUGAAGAAUCUAAACGUGUUAUUCAUCGUUCUGGAGACAGGUGAGCGCGUACCUGCACAGGGGCGGGGCUGAAGAAUCUAAACGUGUUAUUCAUCGUUCUGGAGACAGGUGAGUGCGUACCUGCACAGGGGCGGGGCUGAAGAAUCUAAACGUGUUAUUCAUCGUUCUGGAGACAGGUGAGCGCGUACCUGCACAGGGGCGGGGCUGAAGAAUCUAAACGUGUUAUUCAUCGUUCUGGAGACAGGUGAGCGCGUACCUGCACAGGGGCGGGGCUGAAGAAUCUAAACGUGUUAUUCAUCGUUCUGGAGACAGGUGAGCGCGUACCUGCACAGGGGCGGGGCUGAAGAAUCUAAACGUGUUAUUCAUCGUUCUGGAGACAGGUGAGUGCGUACCUGCACAGGGGCGGGGCUGAAGAAUCUAAACGUGUUAUUCAUCGUUCUGGAGACAGGUGAGUGCGUACCUGCACAGGGGCGGGGCUGAAGAAUCUAAACGUGUUAUUCAUCGUUCUGGAGACAGGUGAGCGCGUACCUGCACAGGGGCGGGGCUGAAGAAUCUAAACGUGUUAUUCAUCGUUCUGGAGACAGGUGAGCGCGUACCUGCACAGGGGCGGGGCUGAAGAAUCUAAACGUGUUAUUCAUCGUUCUGGAGACAGGUGAGCGCGUACCUGCACAGGGGCGGGGCUGAAGAAUCUAAAUGUGUUAUUCAUCGUUCUGGAGACAGGUGAGUGCGUACCUGCACAGGGGCGGGGCUGAAGAAUCUAAACGUGUUAUUCAUCGUUCUGGAGACAGGUGAGCGCGUACCUGCACAGGGGCGGGGCUGAAGAAUCUAAACGUGUUAUUCAUCGUUCUGGAGACAGGUGAGCGCGUACCUGCACAGGGGCGGGGCUGAAGAAUCUAAACGUGUUAUUCAUCGUUCUGGAGACAGGUGAGCGCGUACCUGCACAGGGGCGGGGCUGAAGAAUCUAAACGUGUUAUUCAUCGUUCUGGAGACAGGUGAGCGCGUACCUGCACAGGGGCGGGGCUGAAGAAUCUAAAUGUGUUAUUCAUCGUUCUGGAGACAGGUGAGCGCGUACCUGCACAGGGGCGGGGCUGAAGAAUCUAAACGUGUUAUUCAUCGUUCUGGAGACAGGUGAGCGCGUACCUGCACAGGGGCGGGGCUGAAGAAUCUAAACGUGUUAUUCAUCGUUCUGGAGACAGGUGAGUGCGUACCUGCACAGGGGCGGGGCUGAAGAAUCUAAACGUGUUAUUCAUCGUUCUGGAGACAGGUGAGCGCGUACCUGCACAGGGGCGGGGCUGAAGAAUCUAAACGUGUUAUUCAUCGUUCUGGAGACAGGUGAGCGCGUACCUGCACAGGGGCGGGGCUGAAGAAUCUAAACGUGUUAUUCAUCGUUCUGGAGACAGGUGAGCGCGUACCUGCACAGGGGCGGGGCUGAAGAAUCUAAACGUGUUAUUCAUCGUUCUGGAGACAGGUGAGCGCGUACCUGCACAGGGGCGGGGCUGAAGAAUCUAAACGUGUUAUUCAUCGUUCUGGAGACAGGUGAGCGCGUACCUGCACAGGGGCGGGGCUGAAGAAUCUAAACGUGUUAUUCAUCGUUCUGGAGACAGGUGAGCGCGUACCUGCACAGGGGCGGGGCUGAAGAAUCUAAACAUGUUAUUCAUCGUUCUGGAGACAGGUCGCGUCACUAAAACCAAGGACGGCCACGAGGUGCGGACGUGCAGAGUGGCCGACAAGACGGGCAGCAUCAGCGUGUCUGUGUGGGACGAGGUGGGGGCUCUGAUACAGACUGGAGACAUCAUCCGGCUCACCAAGGGGUACGCCGCUGUGUUUAAAGGAUGCCUGACUCUGUACACUGGGAGAGGGGGAGAGCUGCAGAAGAUUGGAGAGUUUUGCAUGGUGUAUUCAGAAGUGCCGAAUUUCAGUGAACCCAACCCGGAGUACAUCUCCCAGACAAACCAGACGGUGUCGAGUGACCAGAGUGGAUCAUCUAAUCAGAACAAUGGAUCUGCGAGCGUGAAUGCAGCAGCCGAGACCUCCAAUGAGAACGGAGUCACCGCCCCAGCACCAGGAUGCUCCACCAAUCCGCAGCAAGGAGGCAGGAACAGUGGGCGAGGGGCGACCAAUCACCAGACAGCAGCUGCCUCGGGGGCGGGUCCGGCGGUCAGUAACGGGAAGGAGACCCGACGCACUUCUAAAAGAUGAUUGGUUGAGGGGCGCGCCGCUCCCCCUCUCCCACCAGCACCACCCCCCCCCCCAUCCCUUAUAGAGGGGGGUUCAGGGACCCCCAACACUCACCAGCUGAAUUUGUGAAACCCAGCGAGGUUUAUUAUAAACACAAGUGCCACCAAAUGGUUUAUUACAGUGCAGAUGACUGGACCUGAAAGGACAGCUACAGCUAAAGAUACCAAGCCAUGGUAUCCCAGGACUAAUGCACACCCUGAGUUUAUUAACCCUGUCAGGUAUGGUGACCCAGUCCGUCCCCUCCCCGCUCUCUGUGUGUGUGUGUGCGUGUGCGUGUGUGUGUGCGUGUGUGUGCGUGCGUGAGCGUGCGUGUGAGGACUCUGUCUGAAGACACGCCCCUGAUCUUAAAAGCUCAUUUUAGUACCCCAGAAGUUUAAUUGGCAGUGUUUCAGUUUUUGUAAUGUUUGAUUUGUAACGUGCGGAUUAUCCACAGUACAGAAUAACGUAUAGUGUAUCGGCAGCCAGCUCCGCACUCUUUUAAACAGCGUUUUAAAAGCACGCUUUUACACUGCACAAGGAAAUCAACGCAUUCAUCUCUGUGUCCGCCGUUGCUGUGGGAACUGUCUUCUAUCCCAUAAUAUGGAGGUGUCAGAACUCCCAGAGUCAUUUUCUUAUUUAAUUUAAAAAAAAAAAAAAAAAAAAAAUUGUGAGAGUUUCUGGACAAAUCAAAAUAUUUCAACUGAAAGUUGACCCAGAAUCAAAAGUCCAGAUUUUUUUAUCAAAGUCUGUUUCCAAAUAUAUAUAUAUUGAUAAAUAGAUGGAAUUUGGAAACAGACUUUGAUCAAAUCUGGACUUUUGAUUCUGGGUAUGUAUAUAUAUAUGUAUAUAUAGGCCCUUCAGUCACGAUUUUUUAAUUAAUUUUUAGAAAUUUUAAAAAGGUUUGUAUGAACUCUAUAGCGUUCAAAAAAUUGCCCUGUAAAAACUUUGGAAAAAAACCCCAUAGCUGCAUUAUAAAAUAGAUACACGGAUAGGAAACUCACUGGAGGGGAUAGAGCGAGGAGAGAGAGAUUCAAACAGACCGGAUUCUCCGUGUCCUUCUUGUAAAAGCGUGCACACGUUUGAUGUGCCCUGGCUAAGCCACAGCUGGAUUUCAUUGGAGCAUUUCCCUGCUCCCAGGUUUGCAUGGAUCACAGAGCAGCGGUUCCCCGGUGCUGUGAAAUGCUCUGUAAGCCCAGCUGCAGUUCGGUUGGUCAGAUCGCUCUUUUAAGAAGUCUGGUUUUAUUUACUCCCGAUUUCCUGUGGUUUUUACUCUGUUUGGGAGCAGCUUGCAUAGCAAGGGGUUCCGCUCGGCGCUGAUAUUACUCCUGUAAUUAACGGAUCUCUUUGGCUUGUAAACUGAAUUAAAACACUGUUGUGACGUCAUGGCACGUCCCCCGGUUGCAGAAGAGCACGAGACUCUCCAUUGCAGUGUCACGGCUUUUUGUUUUUGUUUGGUGUUUUUAAAUAAAAUAACUAUUUUUAAAAAUG